AUGUCGGAAUUGGAAUCGCCCCUGAGGGCCCAGAUGGCCAAGUCCUUGAAAGAGUUGUUGAGACUGAGCCUCCCGGUGAUGGCCACUCAAGCUUUGAGUGUUGGCGCAGAUCGAUGGACCUUGACCUUCGUGGGGCACUAUGAUUACCAGAAUCGGUCCCAUUUUGAUGGCGCAGGCAUUGGAAAGAUGUAUUCCAACAUCACAGGCCUUUCGCUCGGCGUGAGCGCGACGAUCGGCUUAGCGACCUUUUGCAGCCAGGCCUAUGGCGCCAACCAGAGUGAAGAACUGAAUCCGGUUUAUGUGCGCCGGGCGCUGGUGCUCUUGUGCAUUUGCUUCGUGUUCGCCUUUACCAGUGCAGUGCUUUGCGAACCCUUGCUACUGGCCUUGGGGCAACCUGCCGAUGUGGCUUACACCAGUGCUCACUAUGCGCAGGUGCAGCUCCUGGGCGUGCCCUUCUAUUGGCUAGCCAAUGCGGCCACAGUGGCCCUGAACUCUGCAAAGUAUACCAUGCCCAGCCUCAUCAUGAAUUUGAUUAGCUCGCCGAUGCAAGUUCUUCUUUGCUUCGUUUUCAUGCAUCCGCGUCUUCUGAAUCUGGGCUAUGCAGGUAAUGCAUUGGCCAGAUCAGUAGGCGGCGUGAUUUCUUGCAUGGUCCUCUUAUCGGUGAUCCGCUACCGCGGCCUCCAGUGCUACGUCUGGCGAUGUCAGCCCAACUCGGAGCCGGUGAUGAAGGCGCAUGCGUUCCGCAGCUACCUGGCGGUCUCGGUGCCCGCGGCGCUGGUCGUGUGGUCCGAGUGGUGGGCCUUCGAGGUCCUCUCGCUGUUGGUGGGGCGGACGCCCAAUGCUGAAAUGAAUCUUGCAGCUCAUGGCACCAUGUUCAACAUCAUUGUGGUCUUCUACAUGUCCUGGACCAGUACUUGCAUCGCUGUGUGCACGUUGGUUGGCAAUGCAUUGGGUGCAGAGGAGAACUCUCGGAUUCGGCCCUUGCUGUAUACCUCGGGCCUGUUCAGCUUGGCGACCUCCUUGCUGGUGGCUUUGGGCUAUGAGCUCUUGAAGUCCAGCUUUGCUCGACUCUUUACCGAGGACUUGCAAGUUCAAGAAUUGCUGGAAGACAGCUCCAUGGGCCUCGUAUUGAGCGUCCCCUGCUACGCCCAGCUGAUGACCUUCUACGGAGCUUUACGCGGUGCCAAUUUUCAGAGGCCUGGCAUCCUUGGAACGCUGAUUGGCUAUUGGGUGGUUGGACUGCCAUUGGGUGCCCUACUGGGCUGCUACUGGCACUGGCCUACUCCUUUGCUUGGAGUUUGGUUUGGGAAUGCCACGGCUCUUGCAAUAGCUGCGACGUGGGUCUUGUCCGCGGUGUUUUUCCGCAUCGAUUGGAACACAGUGAGGCGCGUGGAACGCGCGCCUCUAUUAUUGGAGAGGAGAGCAGAAAUGCCGGAAGUCGACCGCAAGGCGCGUCAAGGAGAAGAAUCCUAA